UUAGCUGCUGGACGAAAUGAGGAACUUGUAUCGUGUUUCUCAUUUGAGAUUUAAAUUGGGAGAUAGAAAUGAAGAUGAACGGAAAAGGGAUGACGUUUCGUGCAGUGCAGUCGCCAUCGAUCAAUCGAAAGAUCGGGUUUAUUUCGCCACCUAUGAUGGAUUAUGCCGUGGUCAUCAUCUAAAACAGUCAAACUACGUCCCGCGACCAGCGGGCCCUAAUGUAGAAGAUAAAUCGUUUUCAUGGGAGGAAUACUUCUUAAACUCUGACGACGAAGAAUCUGAGGAUGAAACUCAUUUCGGAGAUAUUGAAAUUCUGCUACGGAGAGACGCGGGUUAUAAAAAAAUCAUCGCAAUCGAGCACCUGGUACUGUCGAACGAAUUGUGCUUCGCUUCAUCCGAUGGGAACGUUUGGUCGUACAAGCUAGACACCGGUGCUGUGGAGGAGGUUACUCUCUGUCAGCAUGGAAUUGAGGUGAUGCAAUGGAGCCCGGACCAGGAGGUAGUCGUGUUUGUUGAUAAGAUGCUGAACGUUGUCACUAUGAUUGGCAGCGAGUAUGAACCGAUUAAUGAGGUACAACUGAAAGAAGACACAUUCGGUGACCGUGCUUUCAUGAGCGUCGGGUGGGGUAAGAAGGAAACUCAGUUUCGUGGAUCGGAAGGCAAACCAACCGCAAAGAAGCCGAAGAAGACCCAGGACGAUAAUGAUCCUGAGGACGAGGAGAAUACAGGUGAUGAAGAUGAAAUCUGCGAAGAAGAUCCCUACACCUGUAUAAGCUGGCGAGCGGAUGGGGAGUUUUUUGCCGUUAGCUACGAAGCACCAGGCGGACAACGUGCCUUUAAAGUUUUCAAUAAAGAAGGUACCUUACAGUACACAUCUGAGCGAUGCGAAAACCUGUAUAGUGCCGUUGCCUGGCGACCAUCGGGUCAAUGGAUUGCGAUGCCACAGGUUGUCGGCGAAAAGUUCGUGAUUGCGCUGUUCGAAAAGAAUGGCCUUCGUCAUCGAGAAAUCGAGACUAACCUCACGACGAAAGAGCACGAGAUAACGUCGCUGCAUUGGAGCCCCGACUCAGAAGUGUUGGCCGUGGUAUGGUACACACCAGGACAAGAGGAUGGUAAUAUUUUCCUGUAUGUAAUGGGCAAUUAUCACUGGUAUCUCAAGCAGCACCUUCCAAGCAAAUGUGUCGUGUAUGGUGUUCAGUGGGAUCAACGCCAUUCGGCGGGAAAAACGUUGCACUUCUUAACAAGCGCCCUUCAGUACGAGCGGAUUCGUUUUGAUUUUCGCGUCGAUCGUUCAGUGGGACACGGCGAGGACGACGAGGCGAUGGUUGCCGUCAUCGACGGAAAAAAACUAUGCUUGAGCUCAUUCCGACGUUCCAUUGUCCCACCGCCGAUGUGUAACUACACAUUGACUCUUCCGGAUGAAAAGGAAGGUCCGGAAGACGAAUUUCCAAAAUGCAUCAACGCCGUCGGAUUCAUACGUUUUCCAGGCAAGUGCAAAUUUGAUACCGAAAUGCAACCAGAAGCCAGUGUAAAUGCGUUUUAUGUUGUUGACUCGUAUAAUGUUAUAAGAUUCUACGAUGUAACGCUCACGGAACAGAGCGUGGAGAAUGGUCCGAAGCGUAAGAUUCUAUCCGGUGUAAAACACUUGCACCGUCUUGAGCCAGACCCGGAGAAAUACAGUGAGUUUUAUGACAUUCUUACACACGGCUUGUGGGUUAAUGCAACCCAUUUUGUGCUCUGCCGCAACAAUAAGUUUGUUGAGAUGUUACUGGGAUAUCUGGAAGGUGCACAGUUCUGCAUUGAAAUUGACUACUUCUCUACCGGAAUUUAUAUCGAUAAUGAGUCGAUUGGUUGCCUUGAGGCGCUAGAAUCGGACAAGGUACUCCUUGAGCUGAGUUCCGGAAGAUUGUUGGUGGUUGGAGGAUUUACAGUUGGCGUGCCGACCCUUCGGAUUAACUAUUCGUUUCCCACCAAACUCCACAGUACGUUGCCGGAGUUUUGUGAACAGAUUUUCGUUGACCGCCAACGCCCUACUCCGACCGUGUACGCGUUCUCCCAAAGUCGCCGCAAUCUGUACCACAACGGAACUCUUCUGGCUUCAGAGGUAACGUCUGCGUUUCUUUCCGAAGCGUACCUCCUCUUCACCACGAUUGCAGAGUUAAAGUUUGUCACAUUGGGAGACGCGCCGGGUACCUCGAUUGUUGGUGAACGACGGCUUGAGCGGGGCUCGAAGCUCGUCACGGUGGUCCCAAAAGCUUCACGCACCGUGUUUCAACUUCCCCGAGGCAACCUGGAGGCGAUCAAUCCACGCGUCUUGUCGCUUUGUCUCAUCGCGAAACAUCUCGAUGCUUUCGAGUACCACGAAGCUUUCGACAUUAUGCGCAAGGAGCGCAUAAACCUGAACCUUCUCGUUGACCAUGACCCGGAGCGGUUUCUAGCCCAUCUGGGCUCACACUUCAUUCCACAGAUAACGAACGUGAGCUGGUUGAAUCUUUUCGUCACGGAUCUAGCCAACGAGGAUGUGUGUCGCACGAUGUAUGAAAGCAACUAUCCCGAGCGGCAACUGGCACCCAAGACCUUGACCACCUCCGGUAGCGUCGGGUAUACAGUGGAAGGGAAGAUUCAGUUCAUAUGCGACCGGCUGUUGGAUGUGAUGGACAGCAACCCCACGAUACUUACACAACCGAAGAUCACUUGUCACGUGAAACAGGGCCAUCUGGAGAAGGCCCUUUCGCUCAUAUGGACUCUUAAACGCGAUCAACCCACACCCGAGCUGGCGGAACAAGCGCUUCGAUAUCUGCUCUACCUGGUCGAAGUAAACGUGUUGUACGAUGUGGCUCUGGGGAUGUACGACUUUGGGCUGGUGCUGUUCGUCGCCACCAAAUCGCAGAAGGACCCGAAGGAGUAUCUGCCCUUCCUGAAUGAACUGAAGCGGUAUGAUGAGCACUACAGGAAGUUCCGCAUCGAUUGCCAUCUGAAGCGGUACAAUCGUGCACUGGACCACAUUUCUCGUUGCGACGUUAACGAGGAUCGUUUGCGGGAAGCAUUGGAGCUGAUCGUCACCCAUGACCUGUACACGGUCGGGAUCGAAUGUUAUCGAGCGAGUGGUAACGAGCAACAUCUGCAAAAAAUUCGGGAACAGUAUGCCGAUCACCUUCGCAAGACGGGCAAGCAUGCCGAGGCGAGUUUGAUGUACGAGCGUACUGGAGACAUUCAACAGGCCAUAAGUUCCGCCCGCCACGCCCUGGACUGGCGCCGUGUCCUUCGUCUGAGCGCCCGAUCGAUGGACCCAGACGGGGUCCGACCGGUUCUUCGUUCGCUGGUGCCAGCACUCGUAGAAGCAGGAGAUUAUGAUGCGGCGGCCACGAUUGCCCACGAACAUUUGAACGAUGUUCGGCUAGCGGUGGACAGUCUUCUGAAGGGCUUCCAGUAUGAACGAGCUCUUUUGGUGGCGGUGGCUGGUGGAAACGAGUUGGACCGAGAGCUGCAUGAAACGAUCAAAGAAAACUUUCGCCAGUAUCUAAAUCAGCUCAUUUCCGCACUCUCCAGCGACAAGGAACAAUUCUUGCACCAAAAGGAACGACUGGCGGCGGUUCGGGAGGCACGAGAAAAGGCACGAGCCGCUGGUUCGGCGGACCAGGGUGAUGCGGACGGUGAGGGCGAUUGUGGUGAUUGCGAUCUGUUUUCGGACAGUUCUACUGUUGCUUCUUCGCGUCACACAUCUAGCAGUGGGCGAUCUGGAAAAUCACACCGUUCUAGCAAGAACCGUCGUAAGCACGAGCGUAAACUGCUAAACCUGAAGGAGGGUAACCAGUUCGAGGAUCUCGCCCUGAUCGACGCUCUGCAUGGGCUCGUGCUUCGACUCUGCGAUGUUGAAAAGCAACGCCACGUUCGCAGCAUCUGCCAGGUGGCACUAGAGCUUGGGUUUGAUGUCGAAGCGCAAACCAUCCAACGCGACUAUGCGGCGCUUUUCCAGCUGAUUCGGUACUCGCUGGAUGCCAUCUGGAUACCGGAAAUGAUUGUACCCGGUGGUCCACCGACAACCGGUGAGCCAGCUGUAAUGCAAACUCCUGCGGAUAUGCUUCAGGCACAGUCUGCACAGCGUUACGCCUUGAUAAAGCCUCAUCAGCGGUACAAGCCCGACAUUCAGCUGAUUGCCUGGCAGUGGGAUAUUCUUAAGUAGCUUGGCACAUAAGGGAGAGCCUAUCGACGAAGAAAAACAAAUGUUAUUUAGUAUGAAUUAGAGACAGCACAGAAAUAUGUGAAAGGAAUAAUUGUAAUUUAACGUUUUCCAUGCUCAGAAAAUUAUUACUAAUGGUUAUGAAAGCCUAAAUAUCCUACAAUCGCGAAAAAUUGCGACACACCGGUUAUGUGCGGGUCAUCAUCACAUCUCAGAUGGAUUUGACACCAAUCGUACUUUAUUUUCGAUUCAUUUUCCAUUGCGUCACGCUUGUCGAAGUAAUUAGAAUGUGUGGCAGGUUUAUUCACGCGUGCGCAAAGUUUUCCGCAUUGCGUUGAUCGCUGAUCGCGGCCAUCACGUCUGAUAUUGAUUGAUUUCUCCCACAUCGGUGGUGCACAUCGAGGCGAUCGACGAGCGGUUAUUUCACACGUGCUUUGUUUUCCACGCGGAUUUUUUUUCCCCAAAAAAGUAACUGAGGCACAAAAGUAGAUCAUAGCGAAGUGCGUCGUCGGGUUUUCGGGGGAAAAUAUAAGAAAAUAAAGAAGAGCAAAAACAA